AUGGAAUCCAAUUGCGUUCAAUUUCUUCAGAACAAGACGAUUCUCGUCACAGGUGUUCCUGGUUUCCUCGCCAAAGUGUUUGUGGAGAAAAUAUUGAGGGUACAAGCAAAAGUGAAGAAGCUUUACCUUCUCUUGAGAGCAGCAGACAAUGAAUCAGCCAUGCAACGGUUUCGCGGUGAGGUUAUGGAGAAAGAUCUUUUUAGAGUGUUAAGGAACGAUUUAGGUGAUGAAAAUCUGAAAGCUUUAGUGUCAGAAAAAGUCUUCCCUAUCCCUGGUGAUAUUUCAGUUGAUAAUCUGGGACUGAAUGAUUAUGAUCUCUUACAACAUAUGUGGAGUGAGAUCGAUAUCAUUGUCAAUGUUGCCGCCACAACGAACUUCGAUGAAAGCAUAAAUACAUUUGGACCGCUAAAUGUCCUUAACUUCGCCAAGAAGUGUGUUAAAGGACAAUUGCUUCUUCAUGUCUCAACCGAGGAGAAAACAAUCAGCAUGGGAGAGACGUUGAACGGACAUGGAAAAUUAGAUAUCCACACCGAAGUAGAUUUAAUGAAGCAGAAACUGAAAGAACUUCAAAAACAAGAUUGUUCAGAAGAAGAGAUUGCCCAGUCGAUGAAAGAUCUUGGAAUGUCAAGGGCAAAGCUUCAUGGAUGGCCAAACACAUAUGUGUUCACCAAAUCAAUGGGAGAGAUGCUUCUUGGUAACCAUAAAGAAAAUCUCCCUCUUGUUAUCAUCCGUCCCACGAUGAUUACUAGCACUUUUUCAGAACCAUUUCCCGGUUGGAUUGAAGGGUUAAGAACCAUAGAUAGUGUGAUUGUUGCAUAUGGCAAAGGAAGGCUUAAAUGUUUUCUCGCGGAUCCAAACUCAGUCCUUGAUCUUAUACCUGUGGACAUGGUCGCAAAUGCAAUGGUCACGGCUGCGGCAAUACAUGCCGGUAAGUCAGGCUCUCAGACGGUGUACCAUGUCGGCUCGUCUUGUAAGAACCCAAUCACUUUCGGACAGCUUCACGACCUCGCCGCUCGCUACUUCACCAAAAGCCCACUUGUUGGACGUGAUGACUCACCCAUUAUAGUCUCCAAAGGUACCAUCUUAACCACCAUGGCCCAGUUCAGCUUUUACAUGACCAUUCGCUACAAGCUACCUUUGCAGAUGUUGCGAUUGAUGAAUAUAAUUUAUCCAUGGCGGAAUGGGAAUAACUAUAAGGACCUUGAUCGCAAAAUUAAGCUGGCGAUGCGGCUGGUUGAGCUCUAUAGACCUUAUGUCUUGUUCAAGGGAGUAUUCGAUGAUAUGAAUACUGAGAGAUUGCGGUUGAAAAGAAAGGAUAGUUUGUUCGAGUUUGAUCCCAAGUCUAUUGAUUGGGACAUUUACAUCACGAACAUUCAUAUUCCCGGCAUCAUCACCUAUGUACUCAAGAAAUGA